AUGGAGCUGAGGGGCCGGGGGCGGAGGGGGCGGCGGCCGGAGCUGCGAGUGGCCGCGGAGGAGCGGGUGCAAGAGGGGACCCGGGAGAGGGGCGAGGGGCGGAAAUUAAACACACACACGGGGAGAGGGGAGGAAAAGGAGCGGGAGAAAGCGAGCAGGCAGGCAGGCAGCGGCAGCUCUCGCACGCACACCCCCGCUGGAAAAGCAAACACAUCGGUGAAGCCAGAGCCGGGCAGAGAGGGCUGCGGGGCAGGCUGGCCGCGGGCUGUGCCGAGGAGGUGGGGGAGCUGGGGGAAGCCAGGUAGGACCGGAGACCACCCAAAAAGCAACGGGGGGGAGGGGGGCAUCCGGCUCCCGGCUUCCCCGCUCGCCCCCCCCUCCCCCCCAUCCUCCUCGAAGCUGCCGAGUCCCCUCCUCCCGGGAGCUGCGGCCCGUCCCCGGGGGACGGCGGCGGCGGCGGCCCCGCGGGGAGCUGGGGGGCAGCGGGGCCUCGGGCCGGGCCGCGGGGAACUUCGGCGGCCAGCGGCGGCCCUUGCCCCGGGGCGGGCGGGGGAGCAGAGAGCGGAGUUUGGCGGGCGAGGAAGCGGCAGGCAGGGGAGGAGAAGCCGCAGGAGCUGGGCGCGGGGGAAGCGGAGGGCGGCGGGACCUCGCGGCUUUCCCCGCGGGCUGCUCGCGCCCGCCAACCCCGGAGUCCCCCUUCCUCCCCCGGCAGCGCUCCGAGCCCUGCCCGCAGCCACGGGCUCUGAACGAGAGCGAAACGUGGGGCUGCUGGCGGCGGGGCGGCGCGGGCAGCGGGCUGGCAACGGGGGAGGGCGGGAGAGGGGGGGAAGCGAGGCGGCAGGAGGCACCGAGAAGUGGCUGGAGUUGGGAGGAUGCGGCGGCAGCGGCUGCAACUUCGCCGAAAGGACUCGGAGCGAGGCGGAUGCUGCCGGCACCGGGAGGGAUCAGGUUGCGGUAGAAAUAAGCUCUGGAGGCGAACGGGUGUGCGGAGCAAAGUACGGCUGUGGAGGGGAGUGCGAAGGGCUAACCGUGCCUGGGACGGCGGCGGACAGCGGAGAGGAACGCCGGGCGAGAGCCCGGCGGGGCGAGGAGCUGCCCGCCGCCGUAAGGGACACUUCGCCAGGCAGAGCUGCGGCCGGCCGGGGGAGCGAGGGGGCGGCGGGGGCCGGAGUUCGGCGGAGACCUGUUGGCGGGCGAGCCCGAGCGCGCACCGGCGGAGCUGUCAGGGGCCGGGGCCGAGCCGCUCCGCCGUGGGAUGUUUUCAGCUUCCCGCCAGCCGCCCCCCGGCUCCGCCCGUCGCCGCUCAGCCCCCCCCUCCCCCCUUGGCUCCCGCUCCCCUCCUUUAUCCACCGGCACGGGGAUGCUCUCCGCGGCUGCCGGGCCAGGGUGCGGGAGCGGAUGCGGGACGUGGCGGAAGGACCCAACCGCAGGUGACAACAGCGGCGGCUCCUGAGCUCACGCCGCUCGCAGGGCUGGCUGUGCCAGGCGUGCACAUGUCCCUGCGCGAAACACGGGCGUGUGGGUGUCUGUACCGGAGAUGUAGAUAUAUAUAUAUGGGACUUGAUUUAUAUCUAAUGGCACGUAUAAAGCUUUUGAAGGUGGCUGCAAUGUAAAAAGUAAUGACUUUAUUACCCCUGAAAGGUUCUGCGGUUCGCAGUUAACACUCCUCUGAAUUACAAUUCAUUACGCUCUCUAAAGCCAACCUGCAUCAGAACACCUAUCUGUGCUUAUUCCAAAUCACAGGCAUCGUUUCAUUGAUUUUCUUUUUUAAAAAUCAUAGCAAAUUAAGGACUUGGUGACAACUAAAUCUGUUUCAUUAUCGUACCGUGUUUGAGAUUCCAGAGGUGACUUCCCAGACCGCAUCUCAAAACCUCCAGUCAGGAGCUAAUUUUACAGAUGCUUUCAUGAAUAGCAGCGAGGAUGUUCUUACCAUCAGCAUGCCCUUAAUUCCAGCACCGUAAAAAAUGCCUCGAUUUAAAUGGAAACUCGCUGCCUUAAAAAUAAUAUUUCAUCUCGGCUGGAUAAUUAUUAAUAUUAGCAUUUGAUCGCAAUAGCGCUGGCUCCCCCUCGUUCCUGUACCCCCCCCCCACCCCACAGCGCUUCGCAUUGUCAUGUGAUUGGAGGGAGAUAACAAACCUAAAGAAAGAAAAGGAGUGAGAAGACAUUUUUAACACGGCAUGACCGCAGAUUAAUAAUGCAGAGAUUAAAAAUUUGAUGCCACUGCCCUGAUACAGAGCUAACCUGAGGUCUGUGCAUGCCUUGAGACAUCAAAAUACAGGUAAAGCAGCAUACAAAGCUUGUUCUGGUUCCCUGUGUGGGAGGGAAAGAGGGAAGGGUUUAUGUUACCCAGCUUUCAUGCAGAGCUUUGGAUCACUUGUGUCCAUCACAUGAAAAAUUUGUCUUUGUCCUCUCUCCUCCCUCAGCCCCCUUUUUGCAGGGAAAACCCGAGGAAGCACUCGGGACUGCUUCCUCUGGUGUUGAGCUUUGCCAGCACCACAAGCACAUUCCUCCAGUGCCUGCAAACACAGUGACCUUCCCCAGAGCUGUGGGGACAAGGCUGUGAACUCUGCUCAGAGCACAGGAGGCCUCUGCCUGUCCCAGGAGAAAGGCCCUGCAGCAGGGCAGUACCUGCCCAGGACUCCCUGCGAGCACCUAGGGAAACCAUCCGUGCUGGCAGUUGCUGCUCCACACAAAUGCUGUGACAGAAAGGACAAAAUAACAUCUUUUUGUUUUCUGCUUAGCCAGGGUGAUUUCUUUGCUCUCCUUCAGCUUUAUUCACCUGGGAAUGUUGACUUUUUUUAGCCUGUUUGUCCCGUUUCUUGCCUAACAGCAGCUCAGCUAUCCUGCCCCAAACACUGCUCUUACCACCUGUGGAUUGGAAAGGAGAGAGUUCCUCGAGUCAGGGAGCCAUUCCAACCAAAUGGAGGCAGACUGGGAGAUCUUGGCUUGGAGUGAGUUUCCCAAGGAGCACGACGACAAGAGAGAUGUGAAUUGUUAAAUUCUGUCCCAAAGGAUGAGCACGUGUAAGACAGUAACUCUGCAAUGCAGAAAUUGUCUUCACCCUCCCGCCUGAUGCUUUCUCCUCUCUGAAAGCCUGACUUGUUGAAAGCAUCACUUAAUAAUAAUACAAGGAGCAGCUUUUCUCCUCCCUCAGAACUUGGCAGGAGCAUAAAUACACAGUAAGGGAAAAGAGGAAUCAAAAACUUAACAAUAGGAAAGGGAAAUAUAACGGUGUAAAGUGGCCUGCACCCUCAUAUUUUAAUUUCCACCAUAUGCCCCAGAAAAGCUGGGCACAGCAAAACCUCAAGAUUGAUAUGCAAAGUGUGUGAGCUGGUUGCAAUAGCUGCAACACAGCGCAUGCCUAGGUGUUCUACACCUCACACACAUAUCACCACCUAGGAUUAGGAUUCAAAUCACCUGUCCUCUGUCGCUAAUAAAAAUGAAAUAUAUUAGGGGAACUUUGAAUACAGUGGCUUGACAGAGCAUGUCGUGUCUCAUGUGUGAAAAAAACACGACAAGCACACAAUCAAAAAGCAGCUCCCAUUUUUGUGGCACAGGAUUUUUCUGUUUCAGAGACCAGGACAGCCUGAACCCUUAAACUCCUGCAGCUCCUGAGAGUGCAGUGAGAGGUGAGAUCAUCACUCACUGCUACAAGGAAGAAAAUCAUAUAUUUUUAUGAGACAUCCAGGUUUGCUUUUUGUUUUCCUUUUUGAUAUGUGCAGAACAUCAGCAAAGCAUGAGAAGCAGUGCUGUACUUUGAGUGGUCCUUCCCCUGCCACAGCAGAACACCACCCUGGGGUGGAAGGGUGGAAGUUGUCUAUACUGGCAUUUACAGGUUUGCCAGGGUUUUCACUGUAAGUCUAAGCCAUCCUAGCCUAAGAUCCAGAUACUGCAAAGGCUUCUGGAAAACAGAGACAGCCAGUAUAUAAGCAUGUCUCUAGAGACCUGACACGGUUGGCAGCUUUUUCAGCCCACCCUGGGCUCAGGAAGCAAGAAGCCAGACAGAUUUUAGGGUGGAAAGUGAUAAGCAAUGCUCCAAAUGAGAUGCAAACAAAAGACAGGGACUUCCAGGCACAACAGGUUAUUUUGUUCUGUGUGAAUGGCUUCCAUUAUUGACACAAAGAUGGACAUUACCAGUUCAAUCACUAUUGGAAAUUGUGUCCCUUCCUUGAUUGAGGGUAUAAAACUAAUUCAAAAAGGUAAAUCACAGCUCCAGGUGCUGGAGAAAGAAAUAUUGUAAAGCCUGUUCAGUAUGGAUUCAUGCAACAAACAGCAAAUGCUUCAAAAAUUGCCCCAACUUCCAAGAAGAAUGCUUGAGGAGGCUGUAAACAGCCAAAUCCCAGGCACCCUCUGGGAAAAGCCCCAUAGAGUUACAGAAUUACAACAAAUGUGUCUCAAAUCUGCCACCUCAACAGGUAACCCUGAUGUUGGUUUCUCUGGAGUGCCCUCUUCCUGCUGAAUUGUCAGACUGUUGGUGGAGGAAGACAGAAGAGGAAGGACUGAAUGUGCCACUGCUUGUGCCAUGAUCUGCAGAUAGUGUGAGGACUUUGCUCCUUAUGACUGUCCAUCUGGCGCCAUUCCUGAGCAAUAAAAGCUCACCCACAAAGUAUUUUAAAGCAAACAGUUGGUGUAAUGAAUACCUUAAUAGUACUAAUACAAUACUACAAAUAGUAACUACUAUAAAAAUACCCACUCAGUGAAAAGAGCCCCGGUUCACUGCCCAGCUCCUUCAGAGAGCAGGAGACAGGACCCACAGAGGCUGUGAGUAUAUUUCGCAGCAGGGUGACUUCCUCUGCCACUCGCUCUCAAGUAAUUCCCCAUGGCUAAUCCAAGCACACCUGCACACCUUCCAGCAGAAGAGGUGUUCCAGCAACACUUGGACCUAAUGAGAAAGUGAGCUGGCCACCAGAAAUGGGUGUGUGUGCAUAGGAUCAGGCACCACAUGUUCUAAAAAUACAAAGAAAAGAAAAAAAAGGAUUCUAUAAUUUAUCAUUUUGUUGUUGUUUGUUUUGUUUUUGUGUAUGUGAUCUCUGCACAGAUUCUCUCUUCUUCCUUCUUCAAACUUAGAAAAGCAGGACCACUGAAACAGCCUCAAGAGCCAAAGACUAUCUCUGAUUCAUCAGCACACAUCUGUGCACAAGAAUAAGAGAUGAUUUCGUAAGAUACCUGGAACAAAAACUCUUUAUCAUUUAAGAUCAGAAUUUGUUUACCAGGGACAUUAUUUAACCUAAGGAAGACAGGCAGAAAUCUGAAAAUCUGUCUUUAAUUUACUCUGUUAUGAUCUGUAUUAUUGUUCUUGCAGUUCUGCAAGAGUUCUUGCAGUUCUCUUUACAGUAGGCAGGCUUGAGCAACACAGGAUGAGCUACUUUGUGGAGAGUUGAAUCCUAAAGUCUGAAUUCCUGAUUUAAAUUUAGUUGGUUCCCAACCAGAUUCACCCAUUUUUUUCCCUUUUGAAACUAUUUACUUGACAAAUGUAAAAUAAAUACUGAAACAAGCUGUACAUAAGUAUUGUACCCAAAGAGUACUUACAGUACCUGAGAAAGAGCACUGUGUAGAGGGUUUUUUUGGCUGGUUUGGUUGUUAGCAUAGUACAUCAAUUAUCUUAUGCUAUUUUAUAUAAUUUUAUUUUAUGCCUUAGCAUACAAUAAAAGCAGUAUCUGUUCAUAUCCUCAUAUCCCUACAUGUAAAAAUAAGGUGUCUUACACUUUUAAAAAUUAAGUGUACCUUCCACUAAUCUUAUAUAUCUUCUUUUUUUCUUUCAUGACAACAAGUACUGUUUGCUGUGUGUGACUAUUUCAGUGAGCUAAAUAUCUGUUGAAAACUCAAAUCAUUCACUGGCCUCAUUUUCUCUAGUUGCUGCAUUCAGAUUAAUAAACCUGUUUCCUACUUAAAAUGAAAAGAGAAUUCAGAAACGUUUAGCAUCAAGUGAAAAAAGCAGCAAGAAAAUUACUAACUGACACCAGGACAUGGCAUAUUUAUUUUGUCCUGUCAAUUAUUUUUAAAGAAUCCCUUGCUUAUGGAGGAAGAUUUUUUAAAAACCUGGACUAUUAAAUAAAGAUGUCCACAAACACCAGUUUCUUCAUUUUUCCUCAUUUUGGAGAAAGUGAGUAGUGGAAUGGUUUGGGGUUUUUCACUUUAUAUUAUUAUACUUUUGCUGGUGCUGAAAAGAACUCACGUUUCAAGGGUCACAGAAUAAACCUGCAUAAAGCAUUUAUGACACUGCGGUAAUGCAUUUAUGAAGGCAAAUACUCACGGGCACUUAGGACAUUAGGUAAACACCAAUAUCAGAUGUUCUCCUCAACACUUCAAAGCUGCAGCCGAGUGCAAAGUUCCAGAGGUACCAGCUACUCCAGGGUCAGCGGUGGCUCCGAGGAAGCACAUUCAGAGGCCUGGACCUGGAGGUAAUUUCAAUGUGUUCUCAUCCAGUCAUGAGCACACAAUCACCUAUUGAAAGUGUCUGGCUUGGAGUGCAGACAGAUGGAGAGCAGAGGGGUUAGUACAGCCAGGCCUUGGACUGACCUUUGCAGAGAGAAUUAAAUCAGUCUGACCUUGUUGUGAAGCCUAAAUUAUAUCCAUAGACCCCCAAAUAAUGCAUCUUUAAUGCAUCACUGCCCUCUUUUUAUCUGCCUCUUUACCUCGAGGGUAUCUUGUUUGCUAACUACUGAUGUUAAAUUGCAGCUAUUUAUGCUUACAUUUGUGACCUCGGUGGACAUCUUGUCACAUUUUUCAUGAGCACUUGGAAAAGUAGAGAAAUAUUUAUAUAGAGAGAGUUAUAUAAAACUGAGGUCUCGUUUCACUUCUACAUAAAAUAAACAUUAAUAGGAAAAGAAACCUGGUUCAACUGUGGGGCUCUGUAUUCAUUGUAUAAGUCUAACACAAUAGUCAUUGUAUGAUUCUGAGCUUCAAUAUCAUCCAUAACCUAUCAUCUGGACAGCCUGGAAAAAUGAACGGUGCCACAUAAUAGGAUUUCCAGUAUCUUACGAACAACUUUUCUUCUCAGAUAUUUUUAAUAUUUAGGAUUUUUUUUAAAAUUCAAAAUAGUGCUAAGAACAGAAUAACCCCUGUGACACCUGUCAGUUUUGGUAAUGCAGACCUCUGGACAGAAACAAUACCGAGUCCACAGGCUGGAAUCUCGACUGGAAACCAGCUCAGUUCAGACCAGGAAGGGUUUAAUUGGUACUUCUGUUGACUGUAACAGCAGAGGAGCCCAGUGGAAGUUCAGGAGAAUUGCAUCCUUUCCCACUGCCUAAAAGGCUCCGUUUUGUGGUUUUCUGUUGUACCUUAACCCAAACAAAAGGUGCUUUGAAAAAAAAAAAUCUUAGUCCAAGAUGUUGUUUUCCAAGUACCAUUAUUCUAAAGUGCAUCAAGUUCCCUUUCAGCUUUUAUUAAUCACAAUAAAACUCUGACUUAAACUGCAAAA